AUGCAGUUGAAGUUGGGGGCCACUUUGGCUAUCCUCGCUGCUAGUCAUGUCCUUGCCGUCACCCAAAUCACCGAUGAUGAGAUGAGCUCGCUGCUGGAUGCUGGCGGCGUGAACCUGGCAGACCGCUAUGCGCCCAUGUGGUUUUUUGGUCAAGCUCGGAACCAGCCUCCUUGUUACCCGACUUGGGCGUUUGGUGGCUCGCCGGACAGUGCUGACGUGUAUGACGACUCGCAUAAAACGCCUGCUGCUGGACAGUGUGAUUAUCCCGAUGUCGGGUGUAAUUGUCGAAAUCCUGGGGUGGAUAUUGGGAACGCCGGUCCCGCGUUCCCCAUUUACUACACAUACCAGAAAUGCAACGAUGGCGAGGUACGCGUGGUGUAUAACCUCUUCUAUGAAAAGGACGGGGCCAAGUUCGGCGCUAUCGAAACGGGACAUGAUUAUGACUGGGAACGUGUGGUCAUCAUCCAUUCACGAGACGAUCAAAACAUGUGGGCUCCAUCCAGGGCUCUACUCUCUGCGCACAGUGGCUACAGCAGCCUGGCUUGGGGAGAUAUACAGAACACACUUACGACCGAUGAAGUGAAUGCCGGGAAAGCCAAGGACCCUAAUGGCAUCCAAAACAAUGAUCAUCCCAAGGUGUACGUCUCAUGGUCGAAGCAUGCACACUUCGAUACUCGCAACACUGGUUGGAAUGACCCGGCCAGCCAGUCUUUGGAGAACGCGUUCCGCAGUCAGGACUGGUGGCACUUUGCCGACCCUCAGAACUAUAUCCGAGCGGAUGAUAGCACCGAUGCCGGAAAGGCGAUUGGAGCUGCAGACUGGGGAAGUGCAAGUAGUGACCCGCCUUCUGUGCAGUCUGGCGUGUGUGACGCCUCUUAA